AUGUACUCAAGAACCGCUGUGGUCAAACCGCAGCGAGCGGUGCAGGUCGUAACGGAGGACGACGCGGUGUCAAUGGCCUCAACCACCACCACAGAUGCAGUGCCACCACUCACGCGGGGUUCAUCGACUGCAUCCUCCUCGACAUCCUCGGCCGACACAGAUAUGGCUAGCAGUAUACUCGGGAAAGGAUACAUGCUCGAGUCACAAGAUGGAGUCUUGUCGGUUCCGUUCCGGUAUCAAGAGGAUGCGGAUCUGCUGUGUCCGUUCCAAAUCCUGGACUGUGAUCAAGUUUUCGCAGACAUCAUCCAUUUCAAGAUGCACGUCUUUUCGCACUUCCGAGGCCAUGAAUUACCAACCUUUGCCACUUGUUUCCUGUGUGACAACAAGUAUGUCCAAGGGCCUGACGACGACCCGGCUCUGGCAUGGAACAACAUGCUGUCACACAUGGUGCAUGAACAUUUCCGGACAGGUCAGCAGCUUGCAACGGUGAGGACUGACUUCGGCCUGAUGAGGUGGAUGUACAGCAGAAGAAUCAUCAGUGACCAGCAGUUCAAACGGACCCAAAUGGUACCUCUUCCGAUCCUCCUUCCUAGAGCCGCCCGAGGUCAAGGUUUGGAAGUGCCGCAAGCCCCUUCGGCACCACCUCCGCCCGCCAUACUGACACACAUGGCACAAUCCGUCGGUUAUCAGAACGAGGGCUUCACCAUUAAUGCAGGACGGAGGGCAGAGAGGCGUCGCCUUGACGCAACCCGAACCGUUGUUCGAGCUCGAAGUAAUAUUUGA